AUGGAGCAAACCACCAUCGUCUCAUUCUGUCUCUUUCUUCUCUACAUCUCCACUUGUCCACAAGUACUUCAUUCAGCCAUAACCUCCGACCACCGCCACCGCCACCGCCACCAACGCCAUGACAGGAGAUCUGUAAAGCUUUUUGUUUUCGGGGAUUCGUAUGCUGAUACUGGGAACAGCGGCAAAUCUGCAACUGGUUCGUGGAAGCCGCCUUAUGGGAUCACUUUUCCCGGAAAGCCGGCAGGCCGCUUCUCCGAUGGUCGCGUGCUCACUGAUUAUAUAGCUUCCUUUUUGGGUAUAAGAUCUCUAGUACCUUACGAAUUGAGAAACACUGAAGAGAAAUCGAAACUAAGGAACGGGAUGAACUUUGCAUAUGGAGGAACUGGUGUUUUUGAGACUUUGGUGAGUGCACCAAACAUGACUACCCAAAUCGACUUUCUCCAACAACUAGUCGAAGAGAAAUUGUAUACCAAAAGUGACUUGGACUCGUCCGUUGCUUUAGUAUCACUAGGUGGAAACGACUAUGCUGCUUAUUUUCUUAAAGGAAACCAGAGUCAGGAUUUUUCAGUGGUGUCCACAUCGAUUGUCGACCAGCUUGUGGUGAACAUAAAGCGUAUAAAUGAUUUGGGAGUGCGAAAAUUAUUGGUUACAGCAAUAGAGCCCAUGGGAUGUUUGCCAGCCGUAACUUCCAUUUUUUCUUCGUAUCAGAAUUGCAGUGAAAGUAUGAAUGCAGGUUCAAGAUUCCACAACCAGAUUUUGCACCAAAAGGUUGAAGAUUUAAAGAAUCAGACAACUACGAGAUCAACAUUUGUAAUCUUGGAUCUCUAUAAUGCAUUUCUGUCCGCAAUCCAACAACAAAAACACCUGCAACAAGGAAAUUCGACAAGAUCAGAGAAUCCACUGAUGCCAUGCUGUGUUGGGGUGAGCAGCGAAUACUCGUGUGGGAGUGUGGACGAGAAAAGUGGAGCAAACAAGUACACAGUGUGCAGUAAUCCGGAAAGGUCUUUCUUUUGGGACAUGGAGCACCUUUCGCAGAAUGGCUGGCAUGCUGUUUAUUCUGCAAUCAAGUCUUCUCUUCGUCCAUUGCGUUAA